AUGAGUCAAACAGGGAGGUCAGAUAACCCGACACUAGACGUGCCAAGAGCUCCUCAUGCCAGGAGAAAGAGAGGCCUCUCUUUGAGAUCGCAGCUAUUUAACAAAACAUUGAUACAAAGCCAACCAACAAACCAGACUACAAACUUGAAUCCGUUUGCAAGGAAAAAUGGUACGCAUGCUCAAACCAUAGAUCAACAACAUUCAUCGAAUGAAUGGGAGGGUACUUCUCGACAAACUGAUUCAAAGGUGAAUGAUUCUGGAAUUAUACCGCCACAGAUUAAUAUUGAUGAACCAGUGGAAGAUGCCGAUUUUAAAAGUAACUCACCCUAUAUUAUUCUGCAGGUUCAGUUAAGCAAUUCAACAGUACACAGUACGAUAAACUCUUCGAGAUCUGAUGAAGCUCGUAGGUUGCUCUUUGAGAAGAGGAAAAACGCAAGACGCAACAUAGCUAUAAAACUUCUAAUUAAAGUGAAAAAUCGACUAUUGGGUAUUAAUAACUUAGAACCGACAGGUUAUGGGAGAAUUAUACCUUUGAGUGUGAAUCGUUGUAAUUUGAAUAGCGACUUUCAAGAUGAAUAUUAUGAUGGUUAUCACAAAUCUUUGAUCGACGAGAGAAAUGGCGAGCCAUAUUGCAAUAAUGUGGUCACAUCGGCGAAGUAUAAUGCAUUUACCUUCUUACCAAAACAGUUGAAAGCACAGUUUUCUAAAAUUGCUAAUUGCUAUUUCAUGGUAGUGGCCAUCAUGCAGAUGAUCCCCACAUGGUCUACUACGGGUCAAUAUACUACGAUUGUGCCUCUAUUGAUCUUCAUGUCGAUUUCAAUAGCACGGGAAGGUUUCGAUGAUUGGAAGAGACACCUUAACGAUAAAGAAGAAAAUAACAAGAAAACGACUGUUGUCAGAGAAGAUGAAGAUCUAAAUAAUUUCGAUACCCACUCUAUUGCAACCAUCAUGACGGAAACUUUGCCAGUAAAUAACGCCGAAGGCAAUAACAUUUUUCUAUCUUCCAGAUCAUCUGUUUCCCAUUCAGAAUUGACUCCGCUGUAUACCGAUAUUGAUUUAUUGAAGAAAUAUAAUUUAAAGGAACAUACAACCAGAUGGAAGAAUGUUAAAGUUGGAGACAUUCUUAAAAUCCACGAAAAUGAAUGGUUCCCCGCCGAUGUUGUUCUUUUAGCAACGAGCGAGGAAUCACAAGAGGCAUACGUGGAAACUAUGGCGUUAGAUGGUGAAACUAAUUUGAAAUCUAAAAGACCGCAUAACGAAUUAUCAAAAAGAAUUUCAAAAGUUACUGGCUUGAAGAACACCAGAGCAUUAUUUACUGUUGAAGACCCUAAUACUGAUUUAUACAAUUUUGAAGGCCAGCUUACUAUGGAUGAAGAGACUUUUGCAUUGGGAUCUGACAAUAUUGCGUACAGAGGAAGUAUUCUAAGAAAUACUAAAUCAGCUUUAGGAAUUGUAACAUUUACAGGUGAAGAAACAAAAAUUAGGAUGAACAACAUUAAAAAUCCAAGAACUAAAGCUCCCAAAUUACAAAAGAAUAUCAAUUAUAUCGUUAUAUUUAUGGUUUGUGUAGUGGUAUUAUUAUCCGCAUUCUCGACCAUGGCUCAACGAUUAUUAUACAAGGAGAACAAAAAUAAGGCAUGGUAUUUAUAUGGGCAAGAUGCUGGUGUUGCACCAACAUUAAUGGGCUUUAUUAUCAUGUAUAAUACUUUGAUUCCUUUAUCGCUUUAUGUUACGAUGGAAAUAAUCAAAGUAAUGCAAUUAUGCUUGGUUCAAUAUGAUAUUGAUAUGUAUCAUGUUGAGAGCAAUACUCCGGCUGAUGCUAAAACGGCUACAAUUCUAGAAGAGUUGGGACAGGUUAGUUAUAUUUUCAGUGACAAGACAGGAACUUUGACAGACAAUAUUAUGAUCUUUAGAAAAUUUAGCGUGUGUGGUGUGAGCUGGUUGCAUGAUUUAGACGUUAAAGCUGGAAUCACAGGUGAUGACGUCCAAACUAAAAGAAAAGAUGAUUCUAUGCUUCAUUCGCCUACAAAAUCAAGAUUUCAGACAACCAUCAAGGAAACAUCCCAGAUGGAUAAAAAAUCUAGUUUCCUGUCUGCGUUAGAAUAUCAACCAAGAAGAAGUACUACAUCAAUAGCUCGCGAUAGUCUAGAUAUAAAAUCGUUUGAAUCAAAUUGGAGGUCGUCAGCAUUUCCAGCUAAAUGCCAGGACUUGCAGAACUCAUUAGCUUUGUUGAGAUAUAUUCAAUCUCACCCACACACUCUUUUUGCCAAGAAAGCUAAAUUCUUCUUGUUAAGUAUUGCACUAUGUAACACUUGUUUGCCUAAAAGAAAGCAUAAGAGCAGAAGUAGAGAUGAAUCGAGCGAUUAUUUCUUGGACGAUGAUAAUAUUAAAGACGAAAAUCUCGAAUACCAAGCUUCUUCUCCUGAUGAAUUGGCUUUAGUACAGGCUGCAAGAGAUUUAGGGUUCGUUGUGUUCAAUAGACAAAAUAAUCAAUUGAUUAUUAAAUCAUACCCAGAUGGGUUCGAAGCUGAUCCAAUAAUGGAAACAUAUGAAGUCCUCGACGUGAUUGAAUUCUCUUCGGCUAGGAAGCGAAUGUCUGUUGUAGUAAAAUUUCCUGAAGGUAGAAUUUGUAUUGUUUGUAAAGGAGCAGACAAUAUAAUUUUAGAGAAAUUAAGAAAUUCUGACCUAGCAAAACUGAAGGCUAAAGAGAUUUCUUUUAAUUCUGCUGAUCGUAAAACUCAAGAAGCUGAUGCAGUAUUACAGACUAAGUUUUCUAAUGAAAUUGAGUCAAGGAAUUCAAUAUCUUCAUUAAAGAGAAGUUUGCAUAUGCGAGGAAACACAGAACCUAAUAUACUUGCUUCCAUUGAUAAUUAUUUGAUAAAUAAUGAAGAAUAUGAAAUCGAUGAUAUUGCCUCUAAGUCAAGGAAAUCCUUACAUGAGCAACAGGCCAAGCGAUAUAGUAUUGAUGUUACAAGUCACGGUAACCUAGAUGUAAGUCCCGUACAGAUACCAAAAGUUAAAAGUUUAAAGCAAUUUAUUCCAAACGAUAAAUUACUAGUAAACGAUGGGUUUAUUUUUGAGAAAACCUUGGAACAUAUAGAAGAGUUUUCAACCGAAGGACUUAGAACAUUAUUAUAUGCAUUUAGAUGGUUAGAUAAGACUGAGUAUGAAGAUUGGUCUAAGGAAUAUAUCGAGGCAAAAACAGCCCUUUCUGACAGGGCCGGUAAAGUAGAAGAUGUGGGAGGACGCAUUGAAAACAACUUCGAAUUGUGUGGUGCCACUGCGAUUGAAGAUAAAUUACAAAAUGGCGUUAGUGAGGCCAUUGACAAGCUUAGAAGAGCAGGAAUAAAAAUGUGGAUGCUUACUGGAGACAAAAGAGAGACUGCCAUUAACAUUGGUUAUUCUUGUAGACUCAUCAAAGAUUAUUCAACUGUUGUUGUUUUAAGUUUAGACGUUGGAAGGGAGGCAUUGUCUCAACUUGUUAUGUCAACAAUCCAUGAUAUACAAGGAGGAAGAAUAGCUCAUUGCGUAGCAGUCAUUGAUGGCGCUACUUUAGCCGAUAUUGAAAGUGACCCAAAUCUUAUGGCGUCCUUUAUUGAUUUAUGUGUACAGACUGAUUCGACUAUCUGCUGUCGUGCUUCGCCUUCACAGAAGGCAAACAUGGUGAGUGCUGUUCGUAAUUUGAAAAAAGAUGCAGUUACUUUAGCUAUUGGUGACGGUGCCAAUGACAUAGCGAUGAUUCAAAGUGCAGAUAUUGGUGUAGGGAUUACUGGAAGGGAGGGCUUACAGGCUGCAAGGUCGGCCGAUUAUGCAGUUGCUCAAUUCAGGUUUUUGCUAAAUUUAUUACUAGUAAAUGGCAGAUAUAACUAUGUCAGAACUGCAAAAUUUGUUCUAUGCACUUUUUAUAAGGAAUUAUUUUUCUACCUAACCCAAGCAAUUUAUCAAAGGAAUACUUUAUUUUCGGGUUCUUCCAUGUAUGAAAGCUGGUCCUUAUCAAUGUUUAAUACAUUAUUUACUUCUCUUCCGGUUCUAUGUGUUGGUAUGUUUGACAAAGAUUUGAAACCUGCGACUUUGUUAGCAGUUCCAGAACUUUAUGCAAAGGGGAGGUUGUAUCAAGCAUUUAACUUGAAAAUUUUCAUUUCAUGGAUGGUUUUGGCAACUUUGCAGAGUGUUGGUGUAUCAUUUAUAGCAUACUAUGUAUGGGGAUUCACUGCUCUAGAAGAUAACACUACCUUUCCUUUAGGAAAUUUGGUAUUCAGUGCGUUGAUAAUUGUUAUCAAUGCCAAAUGUGAGUUGAUAGAAAUGCAAAAUAGGCAAUGGUUAGCAUUUGCAGCGUUUAUUAUUUCUGUCGGGGGAUAUGGUCUUUGGAAUGUAUUGAUUAUGGCAUUAUAUAGAACGAAGGAUUCUACAAUAUACUUUGUUGCCUAUGGUCUUAUGACCUUUGGGAGGGACCAAAGUUGGUGGGCUUCUUUGUUACUUUUGGCCACUAUUCCUUUACUUUUCGAUAUCCUAUUCAAAGUUUUUAAGUUUAUCUUCAAUCCAAGCGAUGACGAGUUAUUCAAAUUGUUUGAGAAGGAUAUUGAAAUGAGACGGUUUUUCGAGGAGGAAUCAUACGAGGAAUUACAUCAAGGAUGGACAUUUGUGAAGGAAGAGUCAAUAUGGAAAAGACGUGCAGUUCUUAUCUGGAAGGCUAUUUGUCAAAGAUUUAAAUUAUCAUCCGAUGAAACAGUCAACCCAGAAGAUAUAGAAUUGGAAGAUAUGCCGAUUCAUAGAAAAAGAGCGGGCACUGAUCCAAACCCAACAGAACUUCCUCCUGGCAGCGAGGGGACGAUCAUUUAUAGUGGCGACACUCAGUACCACGAGUCAUCAAGAUACGAUAUUUUGCCAAGUGGUAAGAAGGUGAAAAUUAAUAAAGACGGUGUUUGGACUAAAUUAGGCUCAAAAUUGAUGUCCAAAAAAUCGAACAAUCAAAGUGGCAUGGCAGAUGAAGAGGUUGAUGCAAUCAUUGAGCAGAGGUUAAAUGGAUUAAGAAAUGAAGUAAGAAAUUCUAAGUAA